CUACCAUUGUGAUCUCCGCCAACAUUAACAAUAGCAAAGCUUUCAGCUUAUUUGAUAUAGAACAAUAAAUCAUACAUUUGGCAUGCACAGUCUGCGCCUUGCUCCUCCCGCUAAUUCCAACUCGUCCUUCACAAUGUCCGCUGCCUCUACCGCUCUCCCUUCUUCCUUUUCUUCGUUUCACUCCAAUGGACCUCUUCCUUCUCGAUGCUUCCGCUUCAACAACCCUUGUCGAUCCAGGGUUUUCAUGAGCGUCUCCGUUGGUUCCCAAAAUGUUGUAGACGACACCUUGUUUGCUGAUUACAGGCCCACCUCCGCCUUCCUCUUUCCCGGCCAGGGUGCUCAAGCAGUUGGAAUGGUAAAAGAAGGGCAGAAUGUGCCAGCUGCUGCAGAAUUGUACAAGAAGGCAAAUAAUAUAUCAGGGUACACAGAAAUUUGAUGGUCAAAUACUACACUCAACUUGCGAUUUAGUG